AUGUUCAUUCUCUUAGACUCUUUGUUAAUUGUUUGUUUGUUUAACAGAACCCAGGAUAACGGGACAGAUUCCAGGACAGAGGGACAGAACCCAGGACAGCGGGACAGAACCCAGCACAACGGGACAGACUUUAAGACAGCAGGACAGAACCCAGGACAGAACCCAAAACAGCAGGACAGAACCCAGGACAGAACCCAAAACAGCAGGACAGAACCCAGGACAAAGCGACAGAACUCAGGACAGGGGAAAAGAACCCAGGACAAUGGGACAGAACCCAGGACAACACGACAGAACCCAAAACAGCGGGACAGAACCCAGGUCAACGGGACAGGACCCAAAACAGCGGGACAGGACCCAAAACAGCGGGACAGAACCCCGGUCAGUGGGACAGAACCCCGGUCAGCGGGACAGAACACAGGACAGCGGGACAGAACACAGGACAGCGGGACAGAACCCUGGAUAACGGGACAGAACCCAGGACAAAACCCAGGCUACCGGGACAGAACCCGACAGAACCCAGGACAACGGGACAGAACCCAGGACAACGGGACAGAACUCAGGACAGAACCCAAGAUAACGGGACAGAACCUGACAGAACCCAGGAUAACUGGACAGAACCCAGGAUAA